AUGUCAACUUCUACACCCAACGCGCGUGGCCGUCGGUCACCAUUUGGGACCGCUACCCCAUCUGGGGAAACAACAUUGACCGGACUUCAACGCCUUCCUAUCCAUACCCGAUACCCUCUUACGCCAAGUCGACUUGUCACCGCAACCACCCCAGGCACCCAACGGUCCGCCUCUCGAGAUACACCACGCCCUCGAGGCGUGGGUGCUCCAGCAACGCCACAUGUAAUCCGUGCCCGGCAACAACGAGCGGCGAAUACCCCUGGUCGGGAUCGCCGACGAAGCGGCAGAGUGCAGCGGGAGACUACAUUCGAUAUUCUCAGAAACCUGGGCAAAGCGCUCGCUCCUGUAUCUCAACCUAUCCGAUCCUCGCCGCAGGAGAAGCCAGAGCCUAUAGAGGAGCCAAUUGAUGAAUUUGAACAGCUUGAUAAUGAGCCGGAAAUCGAGCGACCACGGUUAUCAUUGCCUAUUCAAGAGUCUGAGGAAGAAGGCGAUGAAGUCAGUCCUGAAAUGAACCCCCCGAGGAUGUCUCUCGCCUUCGCAGAGGAGGAUAUGGAUAUGACUUACCGGUCUGUCGAAUACCCUCGCGACGCUAGCGUCAGAGACCGGGACCGUUUAUCUAUGAUGAGCCGAGCUACCGGAAGAAUCAGUGGAGAUUUCGACGAGACGAGAUUAGAGAGCGAUGAUGCAGACGAAACUGGUAUUGUGGGCGAGGAUGAUGAGGCAGAGGAUACAAUGAUGAGUGGGGGCGACUUUGAUCGAGGGGGAGAGACGGAAGACCUGGGUCGCUUCCACUUUGAUCUUAACUUUCCAUCUCCUGCAGCUGCCCCGCUUGAAUAUCCCGCUGACGAAGAUAUGAACGAUAUGGAGGGUUUCGAACUGUCCACCGCGGAGCAACCCCAAGCUCCAUCAGACGAUGAUGAUGACGAUGUUGGAGGUGAUUUUGGGUUUGGACUCGAGUUCCCACCCGCAGCAUCCCCCAGUGAGAGCCCCGGCAUCGUUGGAGGUGGAUUGCGAGAUGAAGCUAUCCCAGCCCAGGGAAAGCAAAAGAAGAUUUCACGACAUGGAAUUCCUGUCCCAAACUUGCCUGCAGGUGUGGUAAAAAAGCUAGCGACUCGCUUCGCGCGUUCGGGGGCUGGAUCAAAGGCAAAAAUCAACAAGGCCACACUGGCCGCCAUCGAGCAAGCGUCCUCUUGGUACUUUGAGCAAGCAAGCCAAGAUUUGGCUGCGUAUUCAAAGCAUGCGGGACGGAAGACCAUUGAUGAGAGCGAUGUCACCACAUUGCUGAGGAGGUCAGUUUCAAUGGAAGCCAACCAGCGCAUGGGAGUAAUUGCUGACUUGUUCCAGGCAACGCCAUAUUAA